CAAAUACAAGUAGUUAUUAUACAUUCAAAUAAUUAGACAUGCUAAAACACAGAAUUUGGUAGCAAAAAAAAGAUCCUCUAGCAGCAUGAUUUCCUGUGAUCCGAGCCGACCUUAGAAACAAUAUACAGAAGAUAUACUUAAAAGAAAAGCUGGAAAACUUCUCUCCAAGUCAUCCAGAUGUAAAGGACAUCAAGAUCCUGGUAGCUGGACCAAUUGGAGCCGGAAAAUCCAGCUUUAUUAACUCAGUCAAUAGCGCCUUUCAAGGACGGAUCUCCUCUAGAGCACUAGUUAAUUCAGCUGAUGGUUACAGUCAUAGUUUCACUCAAAACCUCAAAUAAUUCAACAUCAAAAGUGAGAAAAAAACAUUGCCUUUCAUCUUCAAAGACAUCAUGGGCUUGGAACCUGAAGCAUUUCAAGGGUCGCAAACAGAAGAUAUCAUCAGUGCUGUGUUUGGUCACGUGAAGGAUGGCUAUAAAUUCAACGAAGAGCAGCAACUCAAUUUUAAGGAUCAACUAUUCAACCAAAACCCCAACCUCUCCGACCAGUGUUUCUGCCUGGUUUACAUCAUACCUGCACAUGUAUUCCAAUACACAGAUGAUCGUCUUAUUGACAAGCUGAAGAUCAUCCGCCAGAGAAUCAGUGAUAAGGGGAUUCCUCAAGUGGUUGUCAUGACAAAAAUGGAUGAAGCAUGUCCACUGGUCGAAAAAGAUCUGAGGAAGAUGUACACUAGUAAGAAAAUCAAGAAGAAUAUGGAGUUGUGCAGUGCUAAAUUAGGUUUGCCACUGACAAACAUAUUCCCUGUGAAGAACUACAACAAAGAAAUCGACACAGAUGACAACAUUGACGUUCUGUUACUAAAGGCUCUUAAACAGAUUGUUCAGCUCGCUUGGAGGAUACUGAUAGCUACUGACACAAAGUAAUUUCUGCAUUUCCCAGUGUAGCUUUCUAAUAAACCUGUCUUUGCUCACCAUGAAUAUUGUUGGCUGUGUGACAAAUUGCUUAUGUUUCUCUAAUGUAAGGUGCUUUGGAUAAAACCACCUGCUAAAUGCAUAAAUGUAAACUUAAAUUCUGGAUUCAGAAUUUAGCUGUGAGUAUCUUAGUCUUUGGCUUUGACCGGCAUGUGCAUCUUAUUUCAGUAAAUAAACUUCAAUGUUGCAAACUGAGCCUGAACCUCUAUUCCAGUGUCUACAGUGAUUUCCCAUAUACAGUAUAUGGCACAGACUAGUAGCCUACAGUAAUAGUCAAACAGAGGCUAAAACAGCAGCA